UCCAACAAGAGCCUCCCUCGCUUUCCUCUCCAAUUUGAGCUCCACUUCAGCGCAAGUCCUUCUACCACUUACAGAGUUCAUCCAGAUACACAUACUUACAGCUGCCAAGUUUCUAGCUUGCUUCUUAAUUUGCAUAUCUGGAUGGAGUGCGAGAACGGGCAGGUCGCCGGCAACGGCAACAGCUUGGGCGUGGCGCAGCCUGCGCGGGCCGACCCGCUGAACUGGGGCAAGGCAGCGGAGCAGCUGUCCGGGAGCCAUUUGGACGCGGUGAAGCAGAUGGUCCAGGAGUACCGUAGGCCAGUGGUGACCAUGGAGGGUGCUAGCCUGACCAUUGCCAUGGUCACCGCUGUGGCCGCCGGUAGUGAGACCAGGGUGGAGCUCGACGAGUCUGCCCGAGGCCGGGUCAAGGAGAGCAGUGACUGGGUCAUGAACAGCAUGGCAAACGGCACCGACAGCUACGGUGUCACCACAGGCUUCGGCGCCACAUCCCACCGGAGGACCAAGGAGGGUGGCGCUCUCCAGAGGGAGCUCAUCAGAUUCCUUAAUGCCGGAGCCUUCGGCACAGGUGGCCACGACCAUGUUCUUCCCGCCGCAGCGACGAGGGCGGCGAUGCUUGUCCGUGUCAACACUCUGCUCCAGGGGUACUCUGGCAUCCGCUUUGAGAUCCUCGAGACGGUCGCUGCGCUUCUCAAUGCCAACGUGACACCAUGCCUGCCGCUCCGGGGCACGAUCACCGCCUCCGGCGACCUUGUUCCGCUUUCCUAUAUCGCGGGCCUGGUGACCGGUCGGGCAAAUUCCAUGGCCACUGCUCCGGACGGCAGCAAGGUUAACGCAGCGGAGGCCUUCAAGAUCGCCGGCAUCCAGCAUGGCUUCUUUGAGCUGCAGCCCAAGGAAGGGCUUGCCAUGGUGAACGGCACAGCAGUGGGCUCCGGGCUUGCGUCCAUGGUGCUUUUCGAGGCUAACAUCCUCAGCCUCCUUGCCGAGGUUCUAUCAGCCGUCUUCUGCGAGGUCAUGAACGGUAAGCCGGAGUACACUGACCACUUGACACACAAGCUAAAGCACCACCCCGGGCAGAUUGAGGCUGCCGCCAUCAUGGAGCACAUCCUUGAAGGAAGCUCCUACAUGGCACUCGCAAAGAAGCUCGGCGAGCUUGACCCGUUGAUGAAGCCAAAGCAAGAUAGGUAUGCACUCCGAACAUCGCCACAAUGGCUUGGCCCCCAGGUAGAGGUGAUACGCGCUGCCACCAAGUCAAUCGAGCGGGAGAUCAACUCCGUGAACGACAACCCACUGAUCGACGUCUCCCGCGGCAAGGCCAUCCACGGCGGGAACUUCCAGGGCACACCUAUCGGCGUUUCCAUGGACAACACAAGGCUCGCCAUUGCUGCGAUCGGCAAGCUCAUGUUUGCGCAGUUCUCAGAGCUGGUGAACGACUUCUACAACAACGGUCUGCCUUCCAACCUCUCCGGCGGGCGCAACCCGAGUUUGGACUAUGGGUUCAAGGGUGCUGAGAUUGCCAUGGCCUCAUACUGCUCCGAGCUCCAGUUCUUAGGCAACCCGGUGACCAACCAUGUCCAGAGCGCCGAGCAACACAACCAAGAUGUCAACUCUCUUGGUCUCAUCUCCUCCAGGAAGACCGCCGAGGCCAUUGACAUACUCAAGCUCAUGUCCUCCACAUUCAUGGUCGCCUUGUGCCAGGCCAUCGACCUCCGCCAUCUUGAGGAGAAUGUCAAGGAUGCCGUCAAGAGCUGCGUGAAGAUGGCGGCCAGGAAGACAUUGAGCACCACCAACAAUGGGCACCUCCACAAUGCGCGAUUCUGCGAGAAGGACCUGCUGCUCACGAUUGACCGUGAGGCGGUGUUCGCGUAUGCAGACGACCCUUGCAGCGCCAACUACCCACUGAUGCAGAAGAUGCGUGCGGUUCUCGUGGAGCACUCUUUGGCCAAUGGUGAGGCCGAGCUCGACAUGGAGACAUCUGUCUUUGCCAAGCUUGCCGCGUUCGAGCAGGAGCUCCGUGCAGUGCUACCAAAGGAGGUUGAGGCUGCCUGGACCUCCGUGGAGAACGGCACCGCCGCGCAGCAGAACCGUAUCACCGAAUGCCGGUCGUACCCACUCUACAGGUUGGUGCGCGAGGAGCUUGGGACUGAGUACCUGACUGGGGAGAAGACGCGGUCUCCUGGGGAAGAGGUGGACAAGGUGUUUGUCGCAAUGAACCAAGGCAAGCACAUCGACGCGCUGCUCGAGUGCCUCAAAGAGUGGAACGGUGAGCCCUUGCCUAUCUGCUGAACAGAGGAUCAAGAAACUGAAGAGAAGACAGUGUGCAGAAGGCUUUGGAUCUUUUAGAUGAUAAAUGAUAAUAUUUUUCCAAUUGUAUUUUCUUAAAUAUUGAUGUUUUGUAAGCUGGAUCAGUCUUACAGAGCUGCCAUGUUGUUGCCAAAAACUGCAACUGCAUAACUUGUACAACCUCUGAUGUAAGUUAGAAGGGUACAGUGUAUGACAAAUAUAUUGGUCUUUUUCUUAGAACAGUGGUCUGGUGGAGACAAUACCAACAGUGCAAAACAUCUACCAUUAGCAAGCCAUUGCCAUAUGGUGUGAGGACAGAGGACAUGAUGCCUACAAAGUCACUGCUCUGUGGUGUCUCUGUAGUUGCUAGUUAUAUCAAUAUGAUGCGAUGCCUUCUAUGAAUCCUUAUUCUGUUUCAGUUUUCUGUUGACAAAUUCCAGUCUGGCAUGUAAUGGAAGAAGGAUUGUACUGCUCUGAUGCAGAUGACUUGUUUCUCUCUAUUCCUGAAUGGUCAUAAGUAACUCUAAACUGAUAUAGCCUUGGGCCCCUUUUUCUUUUCCAUUUUGUCAACCUUGUAAACAAAUUCUAUUAUAAGAGAUCUUUCACGGUAUCCUUAAAUGAAACAAGACAAAGGUACCUAAAUCCAAAUAAUCUAUCCCACUUACGCUAAUUAGAAAGAUAAGAGCGUGCUCUGAGGCAGAGGAGGCUUACAAGCUAUCGAUGUGAUGGCUGGUUGGCCUCCGUCAGUUAUCUGAAAUUUACAGGGUGGCCGGCUGUGCCUGAAAUGGACUACACAGCGGAGUAGUAGGUGCUGUCAAAGAAUUCAGAGAAGAGACUGACAGAGGGAUUUGUGAUGGAGAUUUUUCCGGAGUGCAGGCUGCAUGUGUAAUAUCAUAAGAGAGAGCAAUGGAGCUGCCCACCAGCUUCGCAUAUUAUGCUAGAACAAACAAGGAAGCGACUCUUGUAGCUGACGUGCUACAAGAGUAACAGAGUAGAUUUAUUUCCCCUUUGAUUGGUUAGGAUUGUAACAGCCGUUUUAUAUAUAAUAUAAGCUCUCUUUCACUAUCAAAAUGAUGUACAUCGAUAUGUUAAACUUCAAUUAGAACCGGCGUAUUGUCGUCAGUAUCCAGCCCUAUGGCUUAAUUGUUGUUUUCAACAGCAUGAAAAUGAACUCUAAAGGCGCAUAAGUAACACUAGUUUCUCUACGAGUUGCAAAACAUUUGAUGUUCAAUUCCCAGUUGCCCUCUGUACAGUAGUACCCCAAUCCCCAAUGUGUGGCGACCGGCGACUAGGCAAAGCAAUCAGAUAGAAGACCACCACAUCCCCAUAUAUAGCUGCAUCACUGAACAAAAU